GGCUUGUAUUUUUUUCAUGCUCGCAAAUUUUAGUUUCUUUUGGAGCUUCCGAUCUAACUCAAAAUUUUUUCAUUUUAAAUACGACUGAGCGACAUGUUCUCUUUCUCGUUUUUUCCACUUUGAUAGGUCGAAUGAGGUACGAUCUAACCUCACGUGUUGCUGCAUUGUUUAUUCCUCGGGAAGUUACAAGACCGCUUAGUUUAACUGCUGAUGACAACUUUGUCAAAUAAUUCAAUACUUUUCUGCAAUGAAAAAAAGAUCGACUUCAAAACCUCAAUCUUUAUCUUUUUAGCGGAAGGCUGCAUAAAAUACCUGUUAACGUUUGUCUUGAUAUUUCAACGUUUUAAGAAGAAUUAUCAACAUGUCUACGCCGAUAUUAACGAAAAAACAGCAACGACUGAGUUUAUCAGCGAAAAAAGGACCCUCUCGAGGUUUGCGGAAUAUCUUGGCGCAACCUUCUGAAAAUUACUGGCCCACUGUAAAUAUAGACCAAUGUGAAACGCUAAUAGGUCUUAUGAAUAAAUUAUUACCUUCAAUAAAAAGAACUGCAUACAAGCUUCCUGGAUCUAUGCUUAGACACAUGACAAAGGAACAACGUGCAGUAGCUAGACAAGAAGCAUUAGAAAAAGAAACUGCUAAAUCCGAUGAGAGCAUGUUAAAAUCUGUAAUUAUAGGUAUUAAUGCAAUUACUCGGGCUUUAGAAAAAAAUAAAGUGUGCUGCGUCUUAUUAGAUGCCAGUGUUGAACCACCACUUUUAGUAAAGCAUAUCGUUAUCAUGGCACGAAACAAGGAAGUGCCUAUCCUCUUAUUACCAACUCUAAAAGCAAUCACGUUACAGACAAUUGGAUUUGCCACGGCUGCUCUUGCUUUGAAAGAAGAUGUGAUGCAAUCUUCGGAUAAUGCAUUCCACGCGUUGUACCAAUCAGUGGCACAAAUUUUUCAGAACUUCGUACCAUCAAAAUGUUCGUCUCAACUUUUUAAACCUGACAAAGCAUCUGAAGAAAGUACAAUGUGUAAAAUGGAAGUCACAAAUGUAAAUGAUCUGACAGAUAUUUCCAAGACAGAGAAAUCUGUACUUACAGACGUGUAUAAAUACAGAUCUUCACGAAACGAGAGGGCAUUUGUACCGCCGGUCAUCAACAAUGGUUCUCAAAUCUCGCAAGCAUCGCCAGAUGAAUUUAUUUCUUUAGACAAUAAUCCUGAUUUAAGUGAUAAAUAUUUCACAAGUACAUUAAAGAACAAGAGAUAUGUAAAUAUACGCAAAGAAAAAGGUAAAUCUGAGAAAAAGAUAACGACAUGUAGUAAUGAAUCAGCACUAAUUGAUAGCAAUACGGAUUCAUGGAAACACAAGAAGCACAGAGGAAAUCACGUAUCGAGAAAACGCAAAGGCGAUGACAUUACCUAUUUAUCGUUAAAGAUAAAACGUGUACAAGGCAACAAUAAUCGAGUAAAAGCAACAAAAUUUGCAAAAAAGAAAAAAAAAUGAUAAUAUCAUAUUUGUAUCCUGAGAUCUUAAUAAAUUAUCUAAUUCAUGUCGAACCAAUUAAUGUCUCAUGUGUAACAUAAUAAGAUAUAAUGUAUAAAAUCAUAUAACCAAUAUGUUAUAAGAAAAAAUAUACAUAUAUGCCUAUCCAUAUUUGUAUAGAGA